CUUACUAUCUCUAGGGCUCUGGACGUGACUAUCUGGAAGUGACCAGGAAUCACAUGGCAGGGGGAGGCAUCCUGGACCAGGACCUCCGCCGGCUCUGCCCCACAGAAACACCAGAAUACUUUCACUUUCUACACACUGCGGAUCGCACGCUUAAACCUGACAAUGUUCAGCAAAUAUCCCCCCUAUGGAGGCAGCGGCGGCUCAGCUGGUACAGCAGCACCAGCCUCAAGUUUUCCAUAUCGAUCCACUCCACGCGCUACAACGUCUAUGAGGGGCACACAGAACCGCCCGUUCAACUCGUUUGAUGGAUCAAUGCCACGAGCCACUGAGGAGCUGAGGAUUGUGCUGGUGGGGAAGACUGGAUCUGGGAAGAGCGCCUCAGGAAACACCAUUCUUGGCUGGGAGACCUUUGAAUCAGUAAUGAGUCCCAGGUCUAUUACUGAUGAGUGCUCCAAGGCCAGAGCGACGGUGGACGGACAAGACGUGGUGGUUAUUGACACCCCGGGUCUGUUUGACACCAGGCAUGGGGUGAGCACAAUAUGUAGACACAUCAGCCAGUGCAUCUCUUACGCUUGUCCAGGACCCCACGUCUUCCUGAUCGUCAUCGGAUUGGGCAGGUUCACGGAGGAAGAGAUGAAGACAGUGCAGCAGAUUCAGGAGCUGUUUGGCGAUGCUGCAGACAAAUACAGCAUGGUCCUGUUCACUCGAGGCGACGAUCUCAAAGGCAAACCUAUUGAGGAGUUCAUCGGGAAGUCCCCAGAACUGCAGGAUCUUGUGGCCAGAUGUCACGGCCAGUACCAUGUCUUCAAUAAUAACUUGCAGAGUCGCUCUCAGGUCACCGAGCUGCUUUGGAAGAUCAGAAAUAUAGUGUCGAAUAAUGGUGGAAGCCACUACACCAGCGAGAUGUUUGAGGAAGCAGAAAGAUUAGUCAAUGAGGAGAAACAGCGCAUCUUGAUUGAGAAGGAGGCAGAAAUGCGUGCCGAAAAGGAGCAACUGACAAGAGAAAUGCAAGCAGUAUACGAAGAACAGCUGAGGAAUCUUAAGGAGCAUUUCAAGGCUGAAAGGAUGGAAGACAGGAGGGUCAGAGAAGAGGAAAAUCAAGCAAUGCAGGCCAAGUUGGCGGAACUGACAAGAGAGGGUGAGAGGUUUAUCAAUGCAAAAGUGGAGAUGGAGGUGGAGAGGCACAGGGGGAGGCAAAAUAUGGAGCUGGUGGCGGCGAGGGAGCGUCAGGACAGGGAUCAGAUGCAGGAGCAGAUGCGUAAUAUGUUUAUGGCAUUAAGCAUGCAGAACAGUCAGAACAUGAUGACGAUGCAGACUCAACAGCAGCAGCACCAAUGGGAGUUAGAAAGGCAGAGACUGGAGAUGCAGCAGAGAGAAGAAUUAGCGGCGAGAGACAGAGAGCUCGACAGAGCUCGAUGGGAAGCAGAAAAAGCCGAAUUAAGAUCACAGUACGAAAGAGAUCGGAAAGAAAAGGAGAAAGCUUUGGAGGAGAAGUAUGACAGAGAGGCUAGAGACAAGGCUGAAAAAAGUAAUCCAGUAAAGGAAUUCUUUUGCAAUGUAGCAGGUGCUGUUGCGGACGGUGUAACUGGAGUAUGGAACAAGGGUGUCGGCUUUGUUAAGGGCUUAUUUAGAUAGUUUAGAACACAUAAACAUACACUGUAUUGCCAAAAGUAUUGGGACACCUGCCUUUACACACACGUGAACUUUAAUGACAUCUCAUUCUGAAUCCGUAGUGUUUGAUAUAGAAUUGGUCCACCCUUUGCAGCCAUAACAGCCUCACUUCUUUGGGGAAGGCUGUCCACAGGGUUUAGGAGUGUGUUUAUGGAAAUUUUAGACCAUUUUUCCAGAAGACUGAUGUUGGACGAGAAGGCCUGGCUAUCAGUCUCCUCUAAUUCAUCCCAAAGGUAUUCUGUCAGGUUGAGGUUGGUACUCUGUGCAGACUAGUCAAGUUCCCUUGCACACCAAACUGGCUCAUCCAUUUCUUUAUUGACCUGCUUUGUGCAUUGGUACACAGUCAUGUUGGAGCAGGAAGGGGCCAGCUCCAAACUGUUCACACAAAGUUCCCAAAAUGUCUUGGUAUGCUAAAGCAUUAAGAAUUCCUUUCACUGGAAGUAAGGGACCCUGAAAAACAAGCCUACACCAUAAUCCCCCCUCCACCAAACUUUACACUUGGCACAGCACAGUCAGGCACGUAGCUUUCUCCCAGUAACCUCCAAACCCAGACUUGUUCAUUAGAUUGCCAGACAGAGAAGCGUGAUUGGUCACUCCAGUGAAGGCGUCUCCACUGCUCUAGAGUCCAGUGGCGGUGUGCUUUACACCACUGCAUCCGAUCCUUUGGUGAUCUAAGGCUUGGAUGCAGCUGCUCGACCAUGGAAACCCAUUCCAUGAAUCUGAACCAUAUGUAACCAUAAGCAUCGUUAACUCUGUAUGUCUAUAAUCUGUAGGCUGUAACAUUAAACAAGUAUAAAACAA